AUGCUGAGGAGAGCAGCCAGGUUGCCAGCGACGAUUCAUUCUUUUUCUAGUCCUUAUUCAAGAUCUAUCACAGACCUCUCCAAGCCAUCCGUCAAACCUGCGGAUAACGUCCAGGAGCCACCCCAAUCAUCACCGGACGUUUCGCCUCUCACAGACCCAUCCGGACCAUCCCAAACGAACUCCAGCCCGUAUGCCCUGCAUUCUCUCAAGGACCAUGUUCGAAGGUGGUCCGAGUCUACGGCUAUAGCUGUCAGGAGACGCACCGACGAGGUGACAUCAAGAACGUCGGUCACGUUCUCUCGAUUGGGGAGUCAGCUCAAUCAUGUAACGGGGUACGAGGAGAUUGAAGCGCUGAAGAGGCAAGUCGUGAACCAAGAGGCUAAGAUAAAGGCUACCAGGCAGGCCUCGAGGGAGGCGAAGACGGCGUAUGACGAUGCCGCAGCGCAGCGCUCCGUGUCCCAGCGCGAGGUGAACGAUUUAUUGCAGCGCAAAUCGAACUGGAGCGAUGGCGACGUCAGCCGGUUCACCUCUCUCGUUCGACAGGAUCACCUAUACGAGCAGGACGAGGCUCGGGCGAAAGCCAGGGUCGAGGAGACGGAAGAUGCCGUCGAGCGGGAGUUUAGCGAGCUGAUGAGGUCCAUCCUGGCGCGGUACCACGAGGAACAGGUCUGGUCGGACAAGAUCAGGAGCGCGUCGACGUAUGGCUCGUUGGCCGUCUUGGGCCUCAACUUGGCGGUGUUCUUGCUGGCGAUUGCGGUGGUGGAGCCGUGGAAGAGGCGCAGAUUGGCGCAGACGUUUGAGAAGAAGAUUGAGGAGAUGAACGAGGAGAAUGCGACGAUGCUGAAUGGCGCGAUGCAGCAUUUGGCCGAUCGGUUUGUGGGGCAGGAAAAACUCUUCACGAGAAUGAUGGAUGCAUCGCAGAAGAAGGCGGUAGAAGAACGGGCGCGUUCUGCAAACACAGAAGAGAAUGCAUUAGCACUGGAAGCUCUGGCCACCCCUGCACAUCCACCAAAUGUGGUCAGCGGUCGAGAGCUUUUAUUCAUCACGACUAGUGCUAUCGCAGGAGGAUUUAUGGUAUAUCUGCGUAGCAUUCUAGGAAGCAGAUGA